GAGAGAACCGCUCUCUAAAUGGGGAGAUCAACAUCGGGGAUGGACGAUGACGACCCGAUAGCCGCCGCCGUUAACAUGCCGAGUUUUAUCAGCGGGCUGGAGGAGGGGAGGGCGAGAUUGUCCCGUAACCUGGCGACGGAAACUUUCUCCAUCGCGGAGAGCAAAGUUGACCGAGUCGGGAGAUCGAACUCGCGGCUGUCGCUCGACGGGAGGAGGAGGAGCGGCGGGGAGGAGAAGGAUGCGAGGGGGAAUAACAACAACAACUGCAACGGCGGAGGAGGAGGAGGUGGAGGAGAGAGGAGGAGGAGAGCGAGCGCCGUGGAGAUCUUGAGGAGAAAUCUCGGCGUUUCUAAAUCUCCGUCUCUGCGGCGGGAAGCAAGCGCGGGAGUAGCCGUUGACAACGACGACGACGCCGCUCCAAACGGUCGCGAAAUCGAACGCGUAACCGCCGCCGAAUCCUGCUCGACCGCUCCAUUCGAACGCGUAACCGUUACAGCUCGGCGACGUCACAGCUACGUCACGGCGGACGAAGUGCAGCACGUCUACUGCACCGUGUACUGCAUCGACGACGACCACGGCGACGGACGUGAAACCAUGACGACGACAGAGAUGGUGGAGGCGUGUUCGAGUCCAGACCCGGCUCUGUACACGCUGGACGACCUGGUGGACCCUUUUGGUGACAUGGCACAGGCCGGGGGCGGGGCCACGUCGCAGCAGAGUUGCAGGGUGUGCCUGGAGGAGAAAACCAUCGCACCCUUACCCUGCUGCAGGAAGGCCGUGUGUGACGAGUGUCUGAAGCUCUACGUCAGCUCCCAGGUGCGAGUGGCCAAAUCGUUCAUCGUCUGUCCGAUCCCAGAGUGCAGCGGCUACCUGGAGGAGGGAGUGGUGAUUUCCCAUUUGGCCAACGAGGACGUGGCAAAAUAUCGUUACUUUUUGGAGCUGAGUCAGCUGGACUCGAGCACCAAACCCUGCCCCCAGUGCAGCAAUUUCACCUCCCUGAAGGGGAACAACUCCAACCGCUCCGAGCACAAGUACAAGAUCCAGUGCAUCAAUUGCCAGUUUGUGUGGUGCUUUAAAUGUCACGCUCCGUGGCACAACAGGGUCAAAUGUCGCGAAUACAGGAAAGGAGACAAGCUGCUACGAGGCUGGGCGAGUGUCAUAGAGCACGGACAGAGAAACGCCCAGAAAUGUCCACAGUGCAGGAUCCAUAUCCAGCGUACGGAGGGAUGUGACCAUAUGACAUGUACUCAGUGCAACACUAACUUCUGUUACCGCUGUGGAGAACGUUACCGACACCUACGGUUCUUUGGGGACCAUACGUCAAACCUCAGCGUGUUUGGAUGCAAGUAUCGCUAUCUACCUGAUAGACCUCAUCUGAGACGGCUGAUCAGAGGGUCGGUCUGUGGCACUAAGGUGCUGAUAGCUCCGGUGGUCAUUCUGCUGGUUGUGGUGCUCGGAGCUCUCGCGCUGGUGAUAGGUUUGGUGGUUUUCCCGGUCUACUAUGUGUGUAAGAGGAGGAAGAAGCAGCGCACACAGGGCUCCGGACGAUGGAUCUGACUCAAACCUUCUCCCUUCCCUACACUUCAUCUAGACUACACGCACGCACACACACACACACACACACACAGCUUUGAGAAGACGACGCCCACAUCUCCUCAGGGAUGAACACGCCAGCCUGAGUCACGGAAAAAAAGGUCUGAUAGGAACGUCACAAGAUUAACAAAUGAAAUUAGAUCGGAAGGAAGGGGAAAUAAGCAUAUGAAGUGAUGCCUGGAUAAUCACACGACAUCAUCGUCGGGAAUAUUUGUGUCCCAGUGGACCACAGCUGCAAAAGGAACGCUGGAUAUUCAAGUAGAAAAGGAAAAAAAAACGGAGAUUGAAGUAGACUUCUGGAGCAAACACUUGCCUGAGUGCUCUUCACAUGAUGGAAGUGUGUGAAUCCCCUUCAAUUUAACAACCUAUUUUAAAGCUUUCUCUCUGGCAGCCUCUUGUCUCGGAAACAAUACAGGAAGUUUUCAGCAGUGAACCUCUGCAAGCUUUGCACUCCUCUGUCACACAUUCAACAACAGCUGUCUUUCAGGCAAACAAAUCCAAAAACAUGUUAUAAUAGAAACGGUGGCAGUUUUGUUUACGCCCACAGCGCUGUGAGAAUGUUUUAAAAAGAGCAGGCUUGGAGCUCGUCAGUCAGCCGGAUGUGAUGACGUGUUAUUGAAUGGAUGAUGUGGAAUGAAAGAAAGUAAACUAUAAACACAGACUGCUGGACAAAGAUAGGAGGAGCUUAACAGAUUAAUGGCGGAGAAAUAUCAGGAAAUAAUAUCUUCCUUGUUGAACUUUGGCAAAAAGUUUCGUCAGUCAUUUGUCAAAAGUGCAAGAUGGAAACUGAUUUUAGGACUAAGCCAUGAUGGAAAAAAUUGUUUUCACAGACGCAACAACAAUUUAUUCAAUCUCCCAUCUGUUGGAAACUCAUGUUUUCAUUGGAUGUUGAAAACUCCCAUUGAGAUUCGGACUCUUUGACAAGCCUUUCAUAUUCAAAAUAACAUGACAGGACUUUCUGGGAUGCAAAGAUGGUACUUAAAGAUUGUUGGCCAAACUGGAUGACCUUGACUCUGCAUGAUCUCAAGAAAUUUGGGUCAUAAAAAAGAGGUCCUGGUUAGAAAAAAACCCACAUUCAGUCCACUAACAGCUAAAUGAAAUAUUGGAAAAGUGGUAUUUGUCUUAGCUUCCAUUGUGUUCUGUCGAGGUUCUCCAUCAUCUCCUCCACCUAUCUGCCCCUGACUCCCUUCACUCUCCUUUUGGUCUCGGCCCCCGGCGGUAUAGUUACUCACACACCCGUCGUCUCUUUCCCGGGCCCACACACACACACUGCAUGCCAGCAUCUGCAUCAUCAAAAAAAAACCCACAGCUGCUGUGCGGCAAUUGUGCCAAAACAAAAGGCUGAAUGUGACAGGACGGACAGUGGACCCUGCCCCUUUGUUGGAUUUCUUUGUUAUUGUUUUUCAGGGGUUAGCUUGUUGCAGAGGUUUUUCGGGUGCUGAUGCUGUCAGUGUGUAGUGGAGUCUGCAUGAAGAAAUAGACUUAGAGGCUGUGUGAGAUCGUAGGAAUAUGCAUUAGAUAGUUUAAAGCUGCUUAGGAUUAAAUCAACUGAACAUACUAGCAUAAAUUGUACAUGUAGAUAAACAGAAUGAAGUAUUAAAGGUUUUACUUCUCAUUUCUGUGUAGUCUGGGUGGUGGUUUGCUUGAGAGCUAAACAGGUUUUUGUUUUUUUUAAUGAGGUUAUCCUCAGGCUGCUGUUCUCUAUAGAUGUGUGGUAGAUUACAUUUGAAUGUUAAUUAUUAGGUGAUCAGGUUUUUUAAGAAUUGAUUUAGAGAGUUUUGUAUUGCGUCUGAUUUUAUUGAAGUGCUGAGAGGACGGCUGUCUGUUUGAGAGUUUGGAUAGUGACAUAGCUGCUUUUAACACACUAUCUUAACUAACACGUACUGCAAGAAAGCACACACGCAGAGUGCUGCCAGGAAACAGGAGAUUUUCAAGAGCUUUAAAGGUUGUCACCUGGCAGCAGCCAGCUUGCUGUCCUUCACUUAUCCCUCUAUCCUCUCCCCCCUCCUGCUGUCAGUCCUCAGUUUCAGAAACGAGUGUGCGUCCGUUGGAGCCGCGGCUGCUGUUCAGCCACAAAAAAAAAGAAAUCAUCCCAAACUGGAUGAAACAGACGGGACGCUUUCAAAGCCUCUGAUAAGUGACAAUAACACCGAGCUUCCUGCGGCGCACGCUGUGGUCAAGUUCAAGAGGUCACCACAUAACUGUGUGUGUGUUUACUCCAGCAUGGAGUGAUACAUCAUGAGACGUUUCAAGGAAAAAACACACAAAAAUACGAGGAGAAGCACAAUAUAUCUGCACAUAGAAGAUGCUACAGCAAGGAAAAAAAAUAUGUGGAAUGAUAACAUUGGAAACAAACGCGCCGUGACGAUCAGUGCAUUUAAAUCUGCGGUUACCAGGGGAGACCAUUCUGAGUGUUGCAGCAGAUUUCAUCACUGAAUCGUCACUGAAAGCAGGAUUUAAAGCAUGAAGGAGAAGCAGGGUUGAUGCUCAUGCAUGUUGGAUACCGUUAGCUUCUCUUUAUCCCAGGGAUCUGACACAUUUUCUACAUCUGGGAGUUCAUAGAUACCAGCUGUCAAGUACAGUGAAGGUUCCUGAAGGACACAGACAAUAUAUUGUUAUAUUAGGUAGCUUACACUCUGUUUUUCGGUAGGCCCUGACUCUGGGAUUGAAUCCACUCUCAGGGAGUUUGUUUUCUGUUCACUCUAACCCAACAACAUGAGCUGUGCCACACAGAAAACUGCUGAGCAGCAGUGUUUACCCAGAGCUGCUUAGCAACCACGAUUAAUUCCAGGAAGUCAAAACACUGAAGUGUCAAAAGAGAUCCAAAUAUCUUAGUGAUGCAAAUGUUUCCCGGCCUGACUCAGCUGUAUUGUGAGAGUUGCUUAAGGUCAGGGGGGACUUAAAAAUUGAAAGGGGUAAAAUAUGUAUUCGUAAUGCAACACUGGGAUAUUAAAAGUAUCAGAAGUUAUACGCCAAACAAAAACAUUAAUGCAUACAGGUUUUAUCUAACGUCUUAGCUAGUGCUACACUGACAUGUUGAAUUGCUGCAUUUUUGUCUGUUUGAAUGAAAGAUGACUGACGGUAUGAAAAGGACAUUUGUACUGUAAAAUUAUUUUCAGCACAGAGAUGCAUCAGCAGAGUGAAAAUAGUUUAUUUUACUGUGGCUACAUACAUUUUUUUUUUUAUUAUUUCCACAGCAUUUUAACCAGAAACGUUGCUCUGCAGUUUAUGUUGCACCACCGCUGAAUCAGUGCUCGGUGCCUCAAAAUGAACAGAUGGCAUCUUUAAUAACUGAUUAAUCAUUUAUCAGGUAACGAUACAUAAUAUUUGGUCAGAAAAAGUACCUCUUAGGGGCGUGGUUUUACAGUGUUGCUGUCAAACAGUAAUUUUAAUAUGAAUUUGCUCUGCGUGGUCACAGCUACAAGAGAAAAGUAAAUGAUUAAUAAUAACAGGAUGGUCUUUUAGCUGCUCAGCCACCUCAUGUCUCAUUUCCUUCACUGUUGUAUAUGUACAAGUGUGUUAAUCCUACUCAUGUUAAGACGCCAUCAUUGUUUUGUUUUGUCGUUGUUUUCCUACAUAUAACUGACUUGAUCAUUUCUGUAAACACUAAGCGACUGUUUGGGUAAAUCUAAACUGAAGAGAAUAGUUGAGCUAUAACAAUUCAUUCAGCGACAUGAAGUUACUUUUGGCCAAUUUUUUUUUUUUUUUUUCUUUGCUUUGGCGUAUCGGCUGGCUGAUACGCCUUUUUUUUAUGUUUGUGUUACAAUCCCAGUGAUAUUGACAUUAACAUGCAAUAGUGCCUUCGUAGCCAUUAUAGAUCAGGGUGUGCCAAUCUGUGGUUCAGGGCCCCUUCGUGACUCCAAAGAUUAUGUGUUAGAACCGCUAAAGCAAAGAGUAAUACAUCAAAAUAUGUGGCUCAUAAUGUAAAAGAAACUACUGAAGAAAAAAAAAUAUAUAUGUAUAUAUAAAUAUAUGGAUCUGUUACCCCAACACUGGGAUAUGUGCAGUACAAUCAGGCCCUCCAUUAAGAAUGUGUUUUAAAUAGCUAAAGAUAAAACAUUUUACAGGUUACCCACAAUGCACGUUGUCAGCUAUCACCCAAAAUACUCGUAUCGUUUUGCACAAAUUUAAUUGUCACUUUAUUUCCGCUGAUACAAACCUCACCCUUUGGAUAAGUACGAGCAGCAGCACUGUUUCCAACAUUGAAUGAGACUUGUACGGACAAAAAAUGCUUCAUGAAGGAAGUGAUCAUUUAAGAAUAAAAAGUGUCAUUUUCAACAAAUCAAAUGGGCAGUUAGGGACUAAAUAUAGUGGGUUCAUUUCAACUCAGGAGGCCUGUGAAUAUUUGUUUUGCUGUUAAACAUCAGGAUGGGUUUUCACUAUCUAAACAUGCAAACCUGUUGGAAAAACUGCAAUGUUUUAUGUCUAUACGCCACUUUGUUUUCAAGCGUAUUUCUAUUCUAAGAAAUGUCUCACACUUGAUAACGGGGCUCCUUGUUUGCACUAAGAACAGAUUCUUCCACCUGCUGCCUCCGUUUAAAAACGUCUGCUGAUUUUAUUGUUGCUCACUUAGCCGUUCACAAAUGUUGUUUUCAUCUGAGGAUCUGAUGAAGAAUAAACUAAACUGGGUCAA